AUGGAGGAAUUCCGGAAUUGCCAAGAUUGGGCGAGCAUUUUGGUGGUCUUGAUGACGAUAUUACCUAUCACACAAGCUAAAGUAGAUCAUGAAGGGAUGACCGAAAUUCGUGUUGAAAAUCUCCAUCGCAUGUACAGUGUGACCUUACUGAUUUUACUCUUUCUACUCUUGGUAACAGUGAUCACUGCUUGGCAAUUUAAAGCAAGGCGUAUGCGAUUUUUACAUGAAACUGGACUAGCUAUGAUCUAUGGAGUAAUCAUGGGAGCAAUUAUUAAAUACUCUACACAACCUGAUCAGCAGGAUUAUCCCAUACAGUGCUCUUUGAAUAAGACUAACGGUAGUCUUCCGUUGCUGCUGUCUGCAAGCCUUGAAAAUGUCAGCUACUCCUAUCAAUUGCUGGCUAUACAUGACCGAGAAAGCCCUGCUACAGCAGAAUCCCCAUUAGUUGAAACGAUGAUUUUUGAUCCAGAAAUAUUUUUCUAUGUUUUGCUUCCUCCGGUUAUCUUUUACGCUGGAUACAAUUUACGACAUUUUCCAUUACUUUAUGUGGCAAGUGCUAUCAUGUACCUAUUUGUUUCAAACAUUCAACCUAUCGGCGACUUUGGUUUCAUCGACUGUCUGAUAUUUGGAGCUAUGAUUUCUGCUACGGAUCCUGUAACUGUUUUGGCAAUAUUUCACGAUUUACACGUUGAUUCAAAACUCUACGCUCUGGUUUUUGGCGAAAGUGUCCUAAAUGAUGCCGUGGCUAUUGUACUGUAUAGAAUCCGAGAAUUUCCAUUAUUAGAGACUGCGGUAUUUAUUAUCUUCUCCUAUUCGGCAUUUCUCAUCGCUGAAGCUCUCCGUUUAACGGGUAUUGUAACUAUAUUGUUUUGUGGAAUAACUCAAUCCCACUUUACUUAUAAAAAUUUAUCCGAUGAAUCCCAGAAAAGAACAAAACAGAUAGCCAUUUUUGUAGGUCGGUUAUGCAAUAUAUAUCCUCUCAGUUUCAUCUUAAAUCGGACUCGUCGAAAUAAGAUCAGCUACAAUAUACAGCAUAUGAUGGUUUUUGCAGGUCUACGCGGUGCUAUAGCAUUCGCUUUGGCUAUUCGUAAUACCUCUAGCGAAAGCCGGCAAUUAAUGUUUACUACAACAUUAAUGAUUGUAUUUGUUACGGUUUUGUUUAAUGGAGGUACAACAACUCUAAUGCUGCGGUGGUUGAGAAUAGAUCUUGCUGGAUCUGAAGAUGAAAGGGAUCAGCUCAAGUAUCUGUCUCCAAUAUUUGUUCAUAGCUCUAAAAAUCCUUUUGAAGGUACUCGAUUUCAACGUUGGGGUAACUGUUUUAAGACAAUGGAUGAAGAAGAUCGGGAUAAUUUGGUGGAAAUGGCUAGUGCAUAA